AUGAAAUUUUUGUGGCUAUUUUUGUGUUUUUCCUUAACAAUGUGCGAAAUCGCUGUAAAUUACAGUGAUAAAAUUGAAGUUAAAGCAAUUUUGUCUGUUUGUGAGGAAUUUUUCAUCACAAAAUCAAUAAAUCUUGACAUAAUUCUGUACGGUGACGUUGAUCCUCAGCUUAAUGACAUCACAAAUAGUUUCAUGAGAACAAUUGCUCGAAAUGCUUCAUUAAAUGUUACGAACAUUGCUUAUAGAACCUCAAUAAACCAUUUGAUCACCAAAUCAUCGAUAAUUUUGAUGAGUCAUUCAAGAGAUCAAAAGAAUUUAUACAAAAAAAUCGAAUUUUUAAAUAAUUUAAAAAAUAAACUUACAAUUAUUUUGUAUUUGCAUCGACUUGAUCCACAUGUCAGCAUAACUUUGCCAGAUAAUUUUGAAUAUGCGACAGUAAAUUUUUAUUAUCUUGUAAAUAUGAAAAUUCAACUUAAUUUUAUGGCACCAAUUGCAUUUAGUUCAAUCAGAUGCAACCAAAUUCGCAUCAAGACAUUGAAUAUUUUCAGUAAAAACGAGACAAAAUGGCUGACAGAGUUGAAAUAUCCGAAAUUUAGCAAUUUAUUCGGAUGUCCAUUAACAUUUAUGAAUAGUUAUGGCAAGUUCCUAUACCUAAAGAGUCAUGAUAAGCUAUCAAUUAAUUAUGGUGCAUUUGCUACAGAAGACAAGUUCAAAAUGAUAAAUAAAUUGUCACUGACUGGCAAUUAUCAAGGUUUUAUGGUCGACAUGGCUGAGAUUCUGUCAAAAAUUAUAGAUUUUAAGCCACAAUAUAGAUUUUUGGAAGCAUUUGAUUUCAAAACUAAUAAAGAUCCAGUUGAAAAAAUUUCUGAGGGAUUUAUGGCUUCAUAUGCUAUUUUUCACGACACAAACUAUCUGACAGAUAAUUUUGUUGUUUUUGCCACAAACAUUAUAAGCUCAAAUGUGGACGCUUAUUUCCUGGACCCAUUCAACUUCCACACCUGGAUUGCUGUCUUAACCUCACUUUUUGUAGCUUUUGUUGUGAUUUUCUACAUUAAUUUGAGGUUAGGAAUUGUCAGGAUUCGUCCACGUAAGGAACUCACAAGAUCAGCACUGAAUGUCCUUGAAAUUGUCUUUGGAUGUCCUCAAAAUAAACUUCCACGCGCGAAUUUCGGACGAUUUUUGAUUAUUUUAUUUAUUGGACUUUGUCUUGUGCUGAGGAUUUGCUAUUGGAGUCAACUGGUUAAACUUAAAGCUACUGGAGUAGACAAAAUAGGACCAGAGACUGUUGAAGAUCUAGUCGAAGGGAACUACACGAUUUAUUCGUGUUACCAGCCAUUUUCCAAGGAUAAGAUUCAAAUGCAUCUUUUCCAAAUCGUCGAUCACUGUGAAGACACGACCGAGUUCUUUUGUGGAACAAUGAAAAAUUCGGACACAAAUGUUGGAUUUCUUAUCUUAAAGGAUAAAAUUCAUCUUUUUAAUAAAGCAUGCAGCAAUCUUUUCAUAACCUCAAAGGUUUUAAAAAUUAACUUAGCUACAACUGUUUUGCAAUUAACGAAGGUUAGUGUUAUACAGGAAGCAUUCAAUUACAUUUUAAGAAAACUGACACCAGCUGGAAUUCCUCAAUAUUUAUUGGCUCAUCACACAUCGGCUUUGUAUGGAACGGACAGAAUAAUUAAAGAAAAAGAAUCUGGAAAAUCAUCAUUCGAUGACAUGAAGUUCGUGUUCGUUUUAUGGAUGUUUGGUUGUGGAAUUUCAAUAGUCACGCUUGCUCUGGAAAUUUUUAGGGUCACCAAACUUUGA